AUUAAAAAAUAAAAAAGUUACAGCCAUUUUCCCUCAGUGUCUAAUUCCUUUCGUAAUCUGAUAACGAAUCUAAAUGUAACGAAUUCGGAAAUUUACCCCUUUUACCACCUGUGGAUCAAAGAGCUGAGAUCAACUGGUAUCUACUCAUACGAAAAAUAUCGGAUAACAAAAGAUUAUCUAUAUAAAUUACCACACAUGGAAAGCCUAAAUUCGUUAUUAUUUUCCUAUUUCAUACGAUGAUGAAAAUCCGUAUCCGUCAGGUGAACCCACACAUUGUGUGUUCACUAUGUGCAGGCUAUUUCAUAGAUGCUACCACUAUCACAGAAUGCCUUCAUACAUUUUGUAAAAGCUGCAUUGUUAAGUAUCUUCAAAGUAGCAAAUGUUGUCCUCAUUGUAAUAUGAAAAUUCAUGAAACCCAGCCUUUGGCAAACUUGAGGGCUGACCGGACAUUACAGGAUAUUGUCUAUAAGUUAGUGCCUGGACUCUUUGAAAAUGAAGAGAAGAGAAGGGAAGAAUUUUAUAACUCCCGUGGCCUUGGAAAUGAAAAGAAAGAUGGAGAUGAAAAUACUCUAUUGAAACCAUCAACAAUUAUAAACCACCCUGAUGGACACCAAUAUAGAUUUGAUGAACAAAUUUGUCUCUGUUUAGAGCGAUAUGGACCUCAGUCAAUUCAGAAUGGCUCCUAUCAGCUACGGCCACUUGAGAAGAAAUUUGUCCGUUGUUCUAUCCGUGUAUUAGUGUCACAGGUCAAAGGUCUUUUGCGGAAAAAACUCUCCUUGCCUGAAUAUUUGGAUUUGGAUGUAUUAUGUCAAGAGGAAAAGUUAAUGGAAGAGAUGAGCAUGAAGCAAUUGUUUCUGAUGCAUUGGUUUCAGAAGGAUUCCCCCAUGGUAUUAUUUUAUCGGUUAAAACAACGUUACAAUACAUCUACUGAAUGCAGCUCGUGAAAUAGAUGAAGCAAUUUACAAAUGAAAUAUUAAUUGCUAAAGAACAUUCCUGCUUGAUUGUUGGACUACAUAAAUUACAAAUUAGAAACUCAUUUUAUUUGAGAAAAAAAAAAAUGAAAAAAGAGGUAAGGCAAAAAUCAAACAUAAGUGAAGUGUUAGACAAAAUACCUUAUGGUAGUUGGUUAAGUCCCUUCCCUGUAUGUUUUGAGCUCAAAUCCUGCCGGGGUCAACAUUUGCUUUCCUCCUGUCAAGGUUGAUAAAAUAACUAUGGUGAUUGAUAAUGACCACAGUUGGAAGACCAAAAGAAUGAAGUAAAAUGAAAGAAAGAGAAGAAAAAAAAAUACCCACAACAAUGAGGAAGAACUUUGUAAUAAUUAUCCAAAGAAAUAGAUAUUCUUCAUAAUUCAGAGGAAGCAAGUCAGAGGAUAUAUGCGAAAUAUAUAUACAAGUUUGUGUGUGUGUGUGUGUGUGUGAGAGAGAGAGAGAGAGAGAGUGUGUUUCUACUUGUGUAUUGGUAAAUGUGUGGAUAUAUAUAUAUAUAUAUACAUACACACACACAAAUGAUGUGUUGUUUGUAUGUAUAUGCAUAUGUUAAAAUUCAAAAAUAUACUAAGUCAUAAAGAAUGAGAAAGAAAACACCAUAUUGGUUGUGGUGAGCAGGCUUGCAUAUUUGGCUGAUAUUUGAGGUAUGUAUAGUAGUUCAAUCCCCACUUGAUGCAUUUAUCUUUUAUUCUCAUUAAUGAUUUUAUAUUAUUGAUUGUCUUAUUUGCAUGUAUAUACUUGUAUAUAAUUCAAAGAACUUUGUUCUUUAAUACAACAUUCUUCAUUUUUUUCAUUCAUACAUGUAUCAUCUUCAUAUAUCUUGCAACAUCUGACUGUUAUAUAGUGCAAGGGCAUACCUGCACACACGUUCACACAGACAAGCAUAUAUAGUGUCUCACAAAUGUCUACACACUUUUUAUAUCAUAUUUAUAUAUGAUACUAUAAAGUGUAUAUGCAUUAAGUAAAAUAAAUAUCUUCUAAAGUGUGUAUGAAUUCUUCUGAGACAUAUAUUUAAAUAAAUGUUAAUGUUUUUAAAUUUGUGCAGAUAAUGAAUUAAUGUUUUAAAAUUUAUUACAUUUCUUUUGUAACAAAUGACUUAUUAUUUAAGCUUAAGCUUCUUAAUUUUCAAUUGCAAGGUUAUAAAAUCAACUCAGUCCUUGCUACAGCUAUCUUGUCAUCUUCACAGGCAUGGCAUAUUGGUCUUCUUGCAUUAGCCUGGCUAGCUGGAAAAAAAAAUAGUAUGUUGCUAUUAAAUGAAUGAGUAGCUCAUUUUAGGAAGAACAUGAAGUUAUGAAAAUAGUUAUUCAGUCUUACAAUAUUUAUAUAAAUAUGCAACUAUUCAGAAACAUCUUAACAUGAAAAUAGGGCAAAUGGAUAUCAAAAUGCAUGCAUGUGAUUGUGUGUAUGUAUAUGUUCAUGUGAGUGAAUCUCUCGCACUCAUAUAUGUGUGUGUGUGUAAUAUGUAUGUACAGACAUAAUAUAUCUAUUAUGGAUAGACACACAUGAAAUAGGCAACUAGGCAGCAAAAUUCUUAUUCAUGUUAGCAACAUAUUUAAUCAGUAAGCAUGCACAACUCAGCAGGUAGCCAGUGCUAAUACUUUAUAUGCAACAAACAAGAAGAAUGAACUUUAUAUAUGUGUGUAUGUAUGUAUGUGUGUGUGUGUGUGUGUGUGUAUAUAUAUAUAUAUAUAUAUAUAUAUAUAUAUGUAUAUAUGAAUGUAUUCUGGCCCAUGUGAGCAUGGAAAAGUGGAUGUUAAAAUGAUGAUGGUCUUGAUAAUAAAAGCAACAAAUAGAAAAUAAUAAUGAUAAAGUAAAAUGAAUGUGAUUCUGUUUUAAUAUGGAGCCAUCUGUAGAACAGAAUGACCAACAAUUUCUGUAAAUGUGCAAAUUUGCAAACCACCCUAGAGAAAACAAUAUGUGUUGAAAAAAAUGAAAUAAAUAAACAUUUUAAAAGUUACAUGAAGAUUUAUAAAAUCCUCUGUCAGUCAUGGAAUUAAUUUGUCAUAUAUCAGUGUGACAUGUGCCAUUAUUGGUAAAUGUUAAUACAGCUGAUGUUUAACUUCAGUUUCAUGGCUUUGAGCAGAUGAAAAAAAUGUUUGUCUUGUAUAGGACAAAACAGCAGAUUAGCAUUUUAAUAUGAUCUGGUAUUUAUUUAUUCCUAUCAAGUAGGAUAACUGAGCUGGAUAGAAUUGUGUGUAAAGCUCAAUGAAAUUAGGCCUGCAAAUCAGUAUUUAUAAGCCUGUGGUCUAAUACUAUAUCCACUUGGUCAGCUCUCUUUUCCAAGAAUACAUGAAGAGAAUUUGUGAUACUUAUAUGAACUAAAUUUGGGUGAUUACUGCUGCAGAAAACAAAUGGCUCUUAUGGGUUUUAGAUUUUUGUCCUUUGUCUUUCUCUUAUAUUUGGUUACUUAGGGGAAAUUUUUGGUGUAGAAUUAUUUAAAAAGGAUAAGAUUAUAUCAGAGAAUCUCUUCGAUGCAGAAGAAAUGUUCCAAGAAAUUAUAUCCAGAAGAAUUAAAAUGUGAGGUUAAUCUUAGAAUAUCAAACUAGAAUAUUAUUUUGACAGAAUUAUAUUUCAGGAUUACCUUAAAUAUAAUAUUUAAUCCCAAAAGAAUCAUUGAAUUACAAUAGAAAAUUUUGCUGCCAUAGUUCUGAAGACUUUUCUGAGAAAUUUAUAUUGCAGGAUCUUUAUGUAUGAAUUAUAUUGGAGGAUUAUUCCAGUAUAUGGAGGAUAGUUAACAGUGAAAGAUUAGAUUUAUUUUGGAAGAGUACACUUAAGAUUGAUCCAGUCAAUAGAUGUUAUGUAAUGAAGGAAUAAUUAUCAGAUGGGCAGAGGAUACUAGGGGACGAUAUUUAAGGAUUAAUGUAGUAGAUAAAUGACACAAAAAUACUAAAUUCUGGAGGAUUAGGUUAUGUUUGGUAAGGUACCGGGAGAAUAUAGAUGAGGAUUCACUCAGUAGAUAGAUGAUACUAAAUGCUGGUGGAUUAGAUUAUCUUGGAUAUGGAUGUAGGAUACUGAGGAAAUAGGCUUGAGGAUUAUCGUAGAAUUACUUUAAUAGAUUAUACUGGAAGAUUAAUAUGGGGAAUUCGGGCUGAAAGUUUAUUCUUCACAAAUUAAGUUCCAAGAAUAACUGAGAUCAUCCUCAAAGAAUUGCAGGCGAUUAAGAUGAUGGAAUGUUAGUCUAGGAAAAUCAUUUUGGGAACUUAUUUUUGAUGAAAUAUAAUUAACUUACACAGUAUUUAAUAUUCUACUAUGCUGCUGUUUAAUAGAAAUUAUUCUAUUAACACUCAAUGAAUUUUAAGAAAUGUGAACUUUGUAAUUUCAGUUUUUAGUUGUUUUU